CGCGUGGCGGAAUUGUGGGUGAAGCAGUGGUGUAGCUGUCAAAAUACCCUCAAAAGUGCGAAAGAAAAAUUGUGUUGGGAUCAGGAAAAAAUGGAAAUUACAUCACAGACAAAUGGUAUAACGGCGACUACACGCAAAAAGGAUGGCACAGAGAUCAAGGAGAACCUAUGGUCCGAGAUCCUGGGCGAAGUACAAAAGCAGGGCAGCACAAAGUUGCCAUCCAAUAAGUCGGUGCUCGUCGUGGGAGACAAUGCGUCUGGGAAGACCAGCCUCAUUGCCAAGCUUCAAGGUGUUGAGGAUCCCAAGAAGGGCUCAGGACUUGAGUACGCCUACAUAGAUGUCCGUGAUGAAUACAGAGAUGACUUGACACGAUUGGGAGUUUGGGUACUGGAUGGUGAUCCAGGUCAUACAAAUCUCCUCAAAUUCGCUCUCAAUGAAUCGAGCUACGCACACACUUUGGUCAUGCUCACUGUGUCCAUGAAUACACCGUGGUCGUGGCUGGAGCAGCUGCAGCACUGGCUCAAGAUUCUGGCUGAGCAUGUGGAUAAGCUGAAGCUGGAGACGGAGGAGCGUCAGGCGGCCCGGCAGAAACUCGUCACGGCCUGGCAGACGUACUGCGAGGCUGGUGAUGACUUAGAUCCGGGAUCGCCUAUGAAGAGGAGCACAAGGCUUUCGUCGGCAGAUGAUGAAUUAGACGCGUUACCACUGCCCGAAGGGGCGCUCACCACAAACCUGGGCCUCGACAUUGUAGUCGUUGUGACAAAGACUGACUACAUGAGCACCCUGGAAAAGGAGUUUGACUAUCGGGAUGAGCACUUUGACUUUAUGCAGCAGUGGAUAAGGAGAUUCUGUCUGGCGCAUGGCGCCUCAUUGUUCUACACAAGUGUUAAAGAAGACAAAAACUGUGAUCUACUUUAUAAAUAUUUAACGCAUCGAAUUUACGAUCUGCCGUUUCGAACACCAGCUCUUGUCGUUGAGAAAGAUGCUGUUCUCAUUCCUGCUGGCUGGGACAACAUGAAGAAAAUAAGUAUCCUGUACGAGAAUAUGCAGACUUGCAAACCUGAUGAUUACUACACGGAUAUCGUUGUUCCUCCUCCACAGCGGAAGACUGCAACAAAUCGGGAAACUGAGGUGCAUCCGGAAGAUGAACAGACAUUCUUAGCGCGUCAGCAGCAACUUCUGCUUCAGGGACAAGCACCAACACGAGGAGAGUCUCCAAUGCGAUCGCAACCGGGUGCUAAAGUAUCCCCGCGAACGCCAAUUUCCGGUAGUCAAGGAUCGCCCAAUAAGAAGAUUGAUGCCAAACUGACGCCAGGGACGCCUGGUGGGGAGGGAGUCUUGGCGAAUUUCUUCAAUUCACUGCUUAAUAAGAAAUCUGGGACUCCCGGGGGUCCCACUGGUGAUGUGAGUGGGAGCCCGAGGAGUCCGGGAGUUGGGGGUAUUGCGAGACAGCCGCCAAAUGGCUUGGAAGAGGGUGCUGGGGAGAAGAUGAGUGUGAGGACGGAUGCUGCAGCGGAACUCGAUAGACUUACGAGGAGUGUCGUGAGUAAAAAGGAGGCAGAAUAUGCGGCGCAGAGUGAUUGUUGAAGGAGUGAAAGGGGAAUGAUAAAAAAAGGUGGGAUAUGAACAUUUUUAACAACUGCAACAUUCUGAUAUUCCAAAAAAAGAAAAGGUUAAGAGAUUUAGAGAGGAACAGAGUCACACAGAAUGUCUUCGGAAUGAGAGAGAGAGAGAGGAAGGAUCCUCUGGGUUUAAGUUUCCUUUUUUUAUAAUGCAUUGUCCUUCCCGGAAAAUCUCUUUUUUUUUUGGUACUGUACUCGUCCUCGGUUUCUAAUUUAAUUAUCUCUGUGCAAUUUAUCCCUGCCCUCGAAUUAAAUAAUUCCCAGUCCAUGGAAGGUCCUUCCACAAAAAAUAAAAUGUCCUUAGCAAGUGUUUAUUUUUUUUUGUCUGUAUAGAAAUGAAUAAAUUCUUAAGAGAAAGAGCCAUUUCCCAGCGGAAAGAGAUUGAGAUGAUAAGGAGGGCGAUGUCUUUUGUAUAGAUAAACUUAAUGAAGAUAAAAAGAACUCGUAGAUGAGCGAAUACUUGAGAGGAGUUAUUAAAAUAAUAAAAAAAAAGAAAAUAUAAUUAUAAAGUGCUGCUAAAAAAGUAUUUAUUUUGAGUAAUUACUAUAAAUAAAAAAUAUUUUGAGAGAGAAAGUUGAGAGAGAGAGAGAGGAAAUUUAACAUGAUUUUACAAUUUAAUGUUAGAUGAGAGAUAAAUUUAAUUUAUUUUUUACUAUUUUUUAUUUCUCCAUCUGUUCAACAAAAUAAUUAAAAAAAAGUCAUUUGUAAAUCCUUUUUAGCCAUUCAUGAGUCUCCCAAAAAAAUCAUUUCAAUCAUUUUGAUUAUACAUUUUCCUCCCGGAUAAAAAACUAUUUCAGAAAAGAAAAGAACCAAAAUUGCACACUAAAUUUUUGCACAAUUCUUCGACAUUAAAAAAUUGUCUUCGACUAAUAAGACAAUUUUAAAAAAAUUCUAAUAGAGGAAUAACAAUUUCCAUGGUGGAAAAUUUAAAAAAAAAAGUUUUUGUAACAUUUUUUCGAGAAAAGAGAUGGAAAAAAUAUUGAUACUCUUCCCAAGACAAGAAUAAUUAACAGAAAAAAAAAGAAUAUUUAUAAUAUUUGUGCUUUGGUGAUUUUUUUGGCGGAAAAAUCACCGUGAAAAUUUAAUGUAAUAUAGCAAAUUGAAAAUAAAAGAGAACCAACUCAA